AUGGGGUCGCCUCUUGCUCCAAAUUUAAUAGCCAUUUUCUUUUGUUUCCAUUUUCUUCUCUCCGUCUCCUUCUCCUUAUCCUCCGGACAUUUGACCCAAGGGGUUCUAACUAGGUGGUGGUUACCAGGCUACCAACUGAAUGAGGCGGCCUGUCAUUCUUUAGGUGUCUUGCAGCAGCCGGUCUUCUUGCCCUUCUCGAGCGUCUCCAGGCUGGAGAGCUUCCGUCCUUUCGAUUUCGAAGCCGCUGUACCAUCAAUUGCUCUUCCAACCUCUAUGCAUAUAUAUAUAUAUAUAUAUAUAUCGGUUAAGGGUUGGUCAGUAUAG